UUCCCUUCUUCCUCCUUCACAGACCCCAAACUCUUCUCUUCUUCUUCUUUCUCUCUGUUUUCUUCUUCUUCCGCCGAAUCAGAAAGCUUGUCUUUUUCUUUACUCCGGCUACCAAAACUUCUCGGAGUUUCUCUGAGAGUUUCAUUUCCGACCUUCUUCUUAUCCUUAUUUGCGGCAAGAUUUCCAGCGAGAGUUUUUUUCUCUUUUCCUUUAUCGAACAUAAGAAAUCUCUGGUUUGCUGGAAGUUUUUUUUCCGGAAGGUGGAAGCUUAGAUUGGUUCUGAUUUCAGAAGCAAAUCGUUUGUUGUUGCCUAAGUAAACCGAAUCAAUUUAUGGGAUCUAUAGAAACAGACGGAGAACAGAGGAAAUUAAGCUGAUUUUUUCAAGUCUAGAUUCGCGAAUUUAUCUUGGUGUUUCCUUUUCUGUGUUCCACACCUUUCGAGUUUUUUUUUGUUUUCCUCCGCCGAGAUCUUAAUCCGGGAAGUUAUGGCGUCGUCUCCGUUGACUGCAAAUGUUCAGGGUACCAACGCUUCUUUGAGGAAUAGAGAUGAAGAAACUGCAGACAAGCAGAUACAAUUCAAUGACCAAAGUUUUGGGGGAAAUGACUAUGCACCCAAGGUACGGAAGCCAUACACGAUAACAAAAGAGAGAGAGAGAUGGACAGAUGAAGAGCACAAGAAGUUUGUUGAAGCCUUGAAAUUAUACGGGCGAGCUUGGAGACGAAUAGAAGGUAAAUUAAUGAUUUAGUAAUAUCUCUUGCUACUGAGUUAUGGCCUUACCUGGACCCUCAAAAAUAUAUGUUUGUUUCACUAACAGAACAUGUGGGCUCAAAGACCGCAGUUCAGAUUCGAAGCCAUGCUCAGAAGUUUUUCUCUAAGGUUGCUCGAGAAGCAACUGGAGGUGAUGGGAGCUCAGUAGAGCCGAUUGUAAUACCUCCUCCUCGUCCCAAGAGAAAGCCAGCGCAUCCGUACCCUCGUAAGUUUGGGAACGAGGCAGAUCAAACAAGUAGAUCGGUUUCUCCCUCAGAACGUGAUACUCAAUCUCCAACCUCUGUGUUGUCCACUGUUGGAUCAGAAGCAUUGUGUUCCCUUGAUUCGAGUUCACCCAAUCGAAGCUUGUCCCCAGUUUCUUCUGCAUCACCACCAGCUGCUCUUACAACCACUGCAAAUGCACCUGAAGAGCUUGAGACUCUGAAGCUGGAGUUGUUUCCUAGUGAGAGACUCUUAAACAGGGAGAGCUCGAUCAAGGAACCAACGAAGCAAAGUCUUAAACUCUUUGGGAAGACAGUUUUGGUAUCUGAUUCAGGCAUGUCCUCUUCUCUAACAACUUCAACAUAUUGUAAAUCCCCAAUUCAGCCAUUACCACGGAAACUCUCAUCAUCCAAGACACUACCCAUAAUAAGAAACUCACAAGAAGAACUCUUGAGCUGCUGGAUACAAGUCCCUCUUAAGCAAGAAGAUGUGGAAAAUAGAUGUUUGGAUUCAGGAAAGGCUGUCCAAAACGAAGGAUCAUCGACUGGAUCAAACACUGGUUCGGUGGAUGAUACGGGACACACGGAAAAGACCACAGAACCCGAAACAAUGCUAUGUCAAUGGGAGUUUAAACCAAGUGAGAGGUCUGCAUUUUCUGAGCUCAGAAGAACAAACUCCGAGUCAAAUUCAAGAGGAUUUGGUCCAUACAAGAAGAGAAAGAUGGUAACAGAAGAAGAAGAGCAUGAGAUUCAUCUCCACUUAUAACACAUUUUCUUACGUACCCUAAAGAAGAGACUUUAAAUUUACUAUUCAUUCGACUUUCUAAGUUUUCAUCAAUGUAAUUUUUGUUGUUGUUUCAUUGUUUUCUCUUGAGGUGUUUGUUCUCUAGGCUAAAAUUUUCUGCAAAAGUUUGUAACUGUAAAACUCGUGUACAAUUUAUACAGUUAAAUCUAAUGAUUAUGAGAUCUUUCUUAA